AUGAUAUUACAUAAUAGAAAGAGAAAGAAUUAUGAUAGAAAAAAUGAUGAGAGGAAUGAAGAAGAGAAAAAAAAUAUAUAUGACAGAGAUAUAAUAUAUGAGCAGAUAUAUUCGCUUCCUAAGAAAAACAAACCAAGAUGCUUAGUCAUUUCAGAUUAUAAGAAUAAUUUAUUAAGAUAUUUUUCUAAUAUUGUAAAAGUAGAAAAUUAUGGAAGUAAAGAUUUUAGAAGUAAAUGGUAUAUUCAUUUUUAUAAAAUAUGUUUAUAUAAUGAAAAAAUAUAUGGAGGGGUUACCGGUGGAAACAAGAAGAAUAUCGAUAAUCUGAUUAUGGAAUAUAAUGUAGAAGAUGUCUUACGAAAGCUACAAACUUUAGUAGUACGUAGAUUAGAUUGUGAAAAUUUAUAUUAUCAAAAAAUAUUAGUUAUUACAUGUUUAUUAUUUGAUUUUUUUCAAAAUAAAAAACAUGUAAAUAUUAAGAGUUUAAAACAUUUAGAAGGUGAAGAAGAUGAUACAAAAAAUACAGAAAAUGAUCCAAAUGUCGAAGACGAUGAAGAAGAAAACGAUAAAAAGAAUAAUAUAGAUGAUAAAAAUAUAGAAUAUCUAAAUGGUAAACAUAUUAAAGAUAAAUAUAAUAAAAAGGUUUCCAAAAAACGAUCAAGGAAAAAUUCUUCUAGAUCAAAUUAUUAUGAUGAAUAUGAUGAUAGUAUAUAUAGUUCAAAUAAAGAUGAAGAUAGUAGUGAAUAUAUGAUGGCAAAUAGACGUAAAGAUCAUAAAAUAGAAAUUAGAAAAGAUCAUCCUGGAGAUAUAAAUUAUCAUAAAAAUUAUUACAUUAUUGAAUUUAAGAAUAUUUUAUAUAAUGAAAAGAAAAAAUUUAAUAAUUUAGAAAUAUUUUAUCAUAUAAGUAAUUUUAUAAUACAUAGGUAUUGGUAUUCUCAAGAAUAUUCAACAUACAAUAUAUUUAUAUGGUUUCUAAAUUAUAUGCAUAGUAAAUUAGAAAUAAGAAAAAGUAUACAAAAGAUUAAUGAACAGUUAGAAAUGUUUAUCAAUAUCCAUCCAAAAAUAUUUAAUAUAUCUCAUGCGAAAAAAAAAAGGAAAAAGAAUAAUAACAAUAGUUAUAAUACAAAUAGUACUGGUCGUUAUUUUGAAAAUGGUGUAUUAGAUUAUCCAUAUAUAAAAAAUAGGCAGAAACAAAUUGGAGGUGGUUUUUCUGAUAUGGCCGAUGUCGAAAAGAAGAAUAAACAAAACUUACCUAAUUUAAAUACAUUUGGUAAUAAUGUGAUGAAUAAUCAUUCAUUUUUUAACAAUACAAUGAAUAAUAUUAAUAAUAAAAAUAUUACCUUAACAAAUAAUAUGAAUAAUAAUGGUACUACUAAUGGAUUAUCUUUAAAUUCUUUUAAUUCACCUUUUAAAAGUUUUGAUCAAUCCAAUAAUAUUUUUAGUAGCAAAAAUGGGGAAAACAGCCUAUUCAAAAAAACCAUCACAUUAACAAAUAACCUCAGUAAUAAUAAUAAUAAUAAUAAUAUUAAUAGUAAUAAUUUAUCGUCGUCAUCAUUAUUUAAUAAUUCCUUUGGUAAUAAUACAUCCACUGGUAAUAAUACUGCAGGUAGUGGCUUAUCUAAAUUUAAUCUCGGUUUUUCAAAUAUUCAGAACAAUAAUAAUAAUAAUAAUAUGAAUGCAUUCAAUGUUGGAAUGAAUAAAACAAAUAUAAUGACUCCAGGUAGCAGCCUAUUUGGUGAUAAAUCCAUGCUAAGCAAUAAUACGUCUAACGUGAUUAAUAUGAAUAAUGCGAAUAAUAUAAAUAGUAUGAAUAACAAUUUAUUACUUAAUAGUACACAAAAUAAACAAGUAAAUCUUUUUGAGAAUAAUAAUAAUAAUAAUAAUAUGAGCAAUGUUAAUAAAUCUACGAAUGGAUUAUUUGGUUUUGAAAAAAAUAAUUUUAAUUCAAUAUUUGGAAAUAAUUCUAAUAAAGAAAAGACUAAUAUAUUUUCAUUUAAUAGUAAUCAAUCACAAAAUACUCUUUUUGAAAACAAACAAAUAAAUAAUAUUUCUAAUACUAUGUCAAAUAAUAAGGUCAUUUUAGGAAACACUCAAAAUAAUAGUGUGUCUAAUAAUUUGUUUGGAUCUAAUAUAACCAAUGUGAAUAGUAAUAUGUCUUUAAAUUCGAAAUCAUUAUUUGAUAAUAGUAUGAAUAAUCAAAAGAGUAAUAUCUUUUCAUCUGUUAAACCAAAUGAGUCUCUUUUCAGCAGCAACAAUAAUAAUAAUAAUAGUAAUAGUAGUACCACUGUUGCAUCUGGGCCAUCUAAUAUUUUUGGAGCACCUUUGAGUAACACUCAGCAAAGUCCAUUUAGCAAGACAACAAAUAAUACAUUUGGAAAUUUAAAUAUUGAUAGUAAUAAUAAUAAUAAUAAUAAUAAUAAUAAUAUGAUUAUUACUGGUAAUGGAGCGAAUAAUAAUACGGGUCUAAAUUUUAAUAGUAGCAAUAUUACAAACAGUGUUACACAAAUGAAUGUCAAUAAUCAAACAUUUAAUAAUCCAUUGAAUAAUGUAGUACAAAAUGAUAAUAACUUAAUUAAUCUUUUUAAUAAUGAAAAUGGAUCAAAGGAACUAUUCAAAGAUUUAAAAAUUAAUAAUGACAGUGGACCCAAAUUUACAGUGAAUAAGAAACCAUUAUUUUCUAGGAGAGCAACAAAAAAUUCUACCCUCUCAACAAAUACAUUGAAUCAGGAAAAUAAUAUUUUUAGUUCAUCAUAUAUGAAUAAGGAUAAUUUAUUAAAUAAUCAAGAGAAACCUCUUAAAGUAAUAUUUGGUCAAAAUAAUACUAGUAAUGAAAAUGUAACCAAUGUUAAUACUACAAUUAAUAGUAGUAGUGUUAAUAAUACAACAUUAUUUAAUGCACCAAAUAAUAAUAAUAAUAAUAAUAAUAUAUUGUCAACAAAUGUUGAAAAAAAUUUAUUUGGUCAAACAAAUAAUCUGUUAAAGGGUUCAUCCUCCAUAAUGUUUAAUUCAGCUUCGAUAUCAGGAACUACUAACACCAUAAAUAAUAAUAUUGAUAAUAAUAAUAAUAAUAAUAGUAGUAGUUUAAAUAAUAAUAGUAGUGGUGGUAUAAGUGGGGGCCUUUUUGGAAACAAAAAUCUCUUCGGAAAUACAACAAACCUUUUUGGAAACAACAACAACAACAAUAAUAAUAAUAUAACUAAUAAUAAUAGUGACAACGUAGAAAAUAACAUGCUUUUUAAUUGUAAUGAUCCAAACAAUAAUACUCCAAAUUUAUCUAUUCCAGUAAAAAAAUUAACCCUAGAAGAAAGAAAAAAAAAAACAUCCAAAAAUAGUAUGCUUUCAUUAUUUUCAAAUAAUAAUAAUAAUACCAAUGAAAACCAAAGUGCAGAUAAUACAUUAAAUGAUUUAUCGAAAAACUUUAUUAAUAAUAAUACAACCAAUUUAAAUAAUACUUCGUCUUUGUUUAAUUUUAAGAGUAAUAAUGAAAAUAAUAAUGAUAAUACUACACAAACCACAUCCACCAUUUUUGGAUUUAAUACAAAAGAUAAACAAACAACAUGGGGAGACAACAAAAUAACAUUUGGUCUAAGUAACAAUAAUUUAUUGGCUAAUCAGGAAAAUAAAGAAACAAAUAAAAAUACAUUAGAUAAUGUAUCUUCUACAAAUACGACUGAAAAUAAACCAGCCAAAAAAAUUAAUAUAUUCGGUUCUAGUGGUUCCUUAUUUAAAACAACAGAAAAGACUGAUGAAAAAACAGAUGAAAAGGAAGAUGACAAAGAAAAGCAAAAAACGUCCGAGGAAAAUAAAAUAAAAAAUAUAUUUCAAUUUAAUACGAAAGAUGAAAAAAAUGAUAACAAAGGAGAAACCAAAGAUAAUCUUUUAUCCAAAAGUGAUGUUAAUAUAAAUAAAGAAUCUGAUAAGGAAAAAAAUAAUAAGGAAGAAAAUGUUGUCAAAGGAACAAUUUUUGGAUUCAGUAAGGAUAAAGACAGCUUAUUUGGGUCUUCCAUAAAUAAUGAUGAUAAGAGUAAAAUAAACUUAUUUGGUUCGACAAUGAAUGAUGGAGAUAAAAAUAAAACGAAUCUAUUCGGCUCAUUAAAUAAGGACGAUAAGGAUAAACCUUCAAUUUUUGGGUCCCCAUCAAACAAAGAUGAUAAAGAUAAAGCCACAAUUUUUGGGUCCCCAUCAAACAAAGAUGAUAAAGAUAAAGCCACAAUUUUUGGGUUCUCAUCUAACAAAGAUGAUAAGGAUAAAGCUCCAAUUUUUGGGUCCCCAUCAAACAAAGAUGAUAAGGAUAAAGCCACAAUUUUUGGGUCCCCAUCAAACAAAGAUGAUAAAGAUAAAGCCACAAUUUUUGGGUUCUCAUCUAACAAAGAUGAUAAGGAUAAAGCCCCAAUUUUUGGGUUCUCAUCUAACAAAGAUGAUAAGGAUAAAGCCCCAAUUUUUGGGUCCCCAUCAAACAAAGAUGAUAAGGAUAAAGCUCCAAUUUUUGGGUCCCCAUCAAACAAAGAUGAUAAAGAUAAAACGCCAAUUUUUGGGUCCCCAUCAAACAAAGAUGAUAAAGAUAAAACUCCAAUUUUUGGGUCCCCAUCAAACAAAGAUGAUAAAGAUAAAACUGCAAUUUUCGGAGGAAGCACAUUUGGUAAUAAUAAAAGUCCCAUGUUUGGUCAAGGUAUUCUUAAUAAAGGGGAUAAUGUGAGUGUUCCAGUUUUUGGAAACACAGUAACAAGUACUGAUAAUGAUAAAAGUAAAUUGAAGUUAUUUAAUGGAAAUAAGGAUAAAGAAGAAACAAAAGAAAAUGUAUUUAUUUCUAAGGACAAUAUUAAUAAUAACAUAUUUAAUAAUGAUAAUAUGAAGUAUGUAUUAAGUGUUACAAAGGUAGAUGAUGAGAAUAAAUCUAAACCAAAUAUAAAUUAUGAUGAUGUUCUUAAUAGAAAAAGAAGAAGAAAUGUUGAUGAUAAAAAUGAAACAAAUUCAAAUGCAGAUGAAAGAGAUAAGGAUGAUGAUAGGUAUGGAAGAAAACAAGUUGGAAAAGGUUUUAAUGUUAAUUCAAGUAAUGUUUCAAAUGAUAAGAAUAAUUUAAAAAAUAGACGUAAUGAAAAUAAUAUGUUUAAUAAUGAUGAGGAUUUAUUUUUAAAAAAAAGUAAAGUUGGAAAUGCAUUAAAUGCUACAAAAAAUAUGUUAGAAACAUUAAAAUAUGAUAAUAUACCAAGUAAGGAUAUUUUGAAUGAAUCAAUAGUUAACAAAAAUAUGGAUACAUCUGAAAAUGUGAUAGUAGAGCACAAUGUAUUAAAUGCAAGUGCAACAUUUUUAGAAGAUGGUAAAAAUAAUAAUAUGAUUAAUAUGAAUAAUUAUAGUGAUGAUAAGGAUGGAUUCUUUUCAAGUUCCCAAAUUGGUAAUAAGAUAAGCCCGAUAAAAGACGCUACUAUAAAAGAAGUUAAUAUUAAUAAUAGAGAUAUGAAUGAAAAUAACUCUAAUACAUAUUUAACACAUAAUAAUAAUAAUAAUAAUAAUAAUAAUAUGAUGGUGAUGAUGAAUAAUGUUAAGAAUGAUGAAGGAAAUAAAAUGCAUUUAAUUAAUAAACAGUAUAUAAAGGAUAAAGGAUUAUAUGAUAGCUUAUAUGAUAAUAAUGAUUAUGAGAAUUUAAAUGUUAGAGAAUAUUUAAUGGAUAUAAAUAAUGAACAUAAUAAUUAUAAUGAUAAUAUAAGAAAUAAUAAGAAAGGUAUUAAUAAUAAUAAUAAUAAUAAUAAUAAUAAUAAUAAUAGUACAUAUGUAAAUAAAAAAGAGAUGGAUAGAAUUGUUCAAUAUAAUAAAAAAAUAUCAUUUGAUGAUAUUGUUGUAGAUUUAGAUAAAGAUAUGAUAGAUCUAAAUGAAUUAAGACAGAAUUUAUUUUUAUGUGCUAUUAAUUUUCAUUUAAAUUAUUGGGCAGAAAAAGUUAUUUUAUUUUAUCCUCAUAAUGAAAAAAUAAAUAAAUAUUGUACAAAACUUAUCAGAAUUAAAAAUGAAUUUGAUGACACAUAUGAUUUUAGCUUAUUUGAAUAUAUACAUGAAAUAUCAAGAAAAUUAUUAAAAACUUUAGAUCGAAACUCAUGUAUAUAUGAAAGUGUAGUAUUUUUAUCUGCAGAAAAUUUAUAUGUCUUAAAAAAUGCGCAACUAAGUUUAUUUGAGGCCUUUAUAAUAUAUCAUUUUUGGUAUCAAAAAAAUAGUGUAGAUAUUAAAAAGAACUUUAGAAAUUUUCUUUAUACAAAUAAAAUAUAUCCAUGUUAUGUAAAUUAUUAUAUGAAUAUGUAUAAAAAUUAUAAAUCAUUUAAUGGGAAAUCUGCAGAGUUUAAUAAAAAUAUGUCCAAGAGGAUUCGAGACAAUGAUCAUAUGGUGAGUAAUAUGAACCAUAUGGAGGAUGCCAACCAUAUGAAAGAUUUGAACCAUAAUAAUAAUGGUGAUAUAAAAACUUAUCAGGGUAACUUUUUAAACGUCGAAAAUAAUAAUAGCAGUAGACAUUCGUCAAAAGGAGGUAGUUUUCUUUUACCUCCUUCGUCUGCAUCUAAUGGAAAUUCCAAAUAUAGUGUAGUGAAUUUAAAGCAUUGUAGUAGUGCAUCUAACAGAACACAUGCAAGCGAUUAUUCGAAUAAUAGAAGUGAAGAAUCGGAUUAUUCGUCUAGUGAUAAGAAAGGAUAUAAAAAUGGAAAUAUGAAUACAAACAGUAACAGUAGUUAUGAUGAUUACACAAGUGAUUGUAAUAAAAGUCAGAGUAAUGAUUAUAGUGAAGAUAGCCAAAGGGGGAGAGAAAAUAAAUAUGAUGUAUAUAGUGAUAGAAGAAAUAGAAAUAAAGAUGAUAAUGAUGAUAAUGAUGAUGAUGAUGAUAAUACAUACGACGAAUAUAAUGAUAGUCGAAAUACUUAUAGUUAUGAAUCAAAUAGUGAUGAAAGUAAUAGUUUAAAUAAAAGAAGAAGAAAACGAAAAAUGAAUAAUAAUAGAAACUUAAAAAAGAAUGGUACUAAAUAUAAUAAAUAUAAAAAAAAGAAUGUAAAUGAAAAUAGUUUAAUAGACAUAUUAAAUUCGAAUAGUAGUAGUAGUGAAAAUUCAUCAGACAUAUUAGAUAAUAAUAGUAAUAUGGAUGAACCAUUAAAUAUGAAUAUAAAAGAAAAAUAUAUAUAUUUUUCUAAAGAAAAGAAAAAGAAAAAGAAAAAAUUAAUAUUACCAGGACAUAUCAAAAUAAAGAAGUUAAGUGCUUGUGAAUGUGUAUUAUUAGAAUUAUUGUUAAAGAAUGAUAUAUUAAAUGUUUUAAGAAAAUACAAAAUAUUUAAAACAGAAAAGUAUGAAUAUUUAUAUGUAAAUUUAUUAGCUAUGUUAAAACAUUAUAAUUAUUUUUCAACAAUCGAAUCAGAUGAAAAUAUAAAUGAAAAUAAAGAAAAGUAUCAUAAGAAUAUGACAAAUAUGAAACAAAAUAAUAAUAAUAAUAAUAAUUAUAAUAAUAAUAAUAACAGAAAUUUAAAAAGAAUAAGUGAACAUUUAAAUUCGAAUUGUAUUAUAAAUACAAAGAAUGAUAAAAUAAAUAUAUUAAAAAAAAUAUGUGAUAAGAAUUUAUUAUAUUAUAUAAAUAUGCAAUUAAAAAAUAUUUCUCAUUUAAUUAGUUAUAAAGAAAUAGAAAUAGGUUGUACAUAUUUAAAUAAUAUAAAAAAUAAUUUAUAUGUUAUGUUUCAGCUACCCAUAAUAUUAUAUAAUGUCUUAUUUGAAAAGACAAUUAAUUCAUUUAAUGAUUAUAUAAUAUUAGAUAAUUUUUUUAGUAAUUCUUGUGUUUAUAAAGAUUUCAGAUAUGAAUAUAUAUUUAAAACAAAAAUUGCUUAUAUGCUUAUAAAAAAGUUUUAUGCAGCUGAUGAUAUCGAAAAUACAAUUAGAUUUGCUAUAUAUUUUGAGGAAUGUAAGAAUAAAACACAGAAGAAUAAUAUAUAUAAUGAUUAUAUUUUUCAUAAGAAUUUAAUUAAUUCUUAUAUUAAAGUUCAUGAGCAUAUAGUACCAUCAGAAUGGUUUCAUUUACAAAAUUAUAAUACAGGACAUAAAAAUUCAGGAUCUGUUUCUAAUUCAAGAUCUGAUUCCAUUUCUGGUUCUAAUAAUUUAAAUGAUAUGAAUGAUUCAGAAUAUUUAGAUUAUUAUUCCUUUUUCUUUAAGGAUAUAUCUAAAUAUAUAAAAUUUCAUAUUAUCGAAAAAAUUAUUAAUUCUAAUAUAUAUGGUUUACAUAAGGAAGAUUAUUCAAUUAAUGGAUGUAAUAAAAGUGAUGAUAGCUCUAUGAUAAAUAAUAAACCGUAUAACAUUAUUACAAGUAAUAAUUAUAAUUAUAAUAAUAAUAAUGAUAAUAUUCAUUAUGAAGAAAGACAUUUUUCAUGCUAUUUCUUAUAUAUGGUUAACAAAUCCAUUUUGGAUGAAUUAGUUAACAUAUACUCUUUAAAAGGGGAAUAUUUUUAUAAACGUAUUUCCACAUGCUUAAUAAAAUCAUCUUUGGUUAAAGAUUAUGAAAAAUCACAAAAUAAACAUUUCCAUAUGUAUGUCCAGCUAGCCAAUAUUAAUCAUUUUAUGAAAAAUCAUUUUUUUGAAUAUAUUAACUUUUUUAAAAAAAAAGAAUUAUAUCAUAUAGAAAAAACUAAAAAUGAAGAUGAAAUAAUGGAGAACCUAACAAAUGUUAUUAAAGCCAAUGGAAAGAAAAUUAUUUUAGUAAUAAAUACAUUAGUUGAAAUAAUAAAUAAAAUUGAAAGAGAAAUUAUUAAGGAUAUCAAUAUUUUUGUAACUAUAAAUUUUAGAAAUUUAAUUAUUGAUACAUUAUAUUUAUUUAAGUAUAUUUUUAAUAAUAAGGAAUUCUCUUUAAGUAUGGUUGAUGACUUAUAUAGAAAUGUAAUAAUAUUUAAUGAUGUUAUUAAUUCAACAUGGAAGGAUGAUGUUCAUUUUUACCCUAAGGAACAAAUUAAAGAAUUAUAUACUCAUAUAAGGCAUAAAUUUAUGAAUCAAAAUAUGAUAAAUUGA